AUGGCAGCCCUGGUUUUACCAGAUCCUCGGUUUGACGCUGGCAGCUGUGAAGUUGUCAAGCAUGACCAGGCGACAUUCGCCGUUAUCCAGCGUGGUGGGAAGUGCAGGAUUGCCCACACUUUAACAGGCGAGGAGCAUUUUUUCGAUGGUGAGGGGACAGCGCAGAUCAGCAGCUCUGGCUGGGCUUUUUUGGCGCUCUGCAAAGGCCAAUCGCAGGACAUUGAGACAAAGUGGCUGAGUCAGAUUUUCAAAUGGACGCUGUACAAGGCAAAGCUUCUACCUGACCAGCCGCUGUAUUGUGUCCAGAAGACAUCAGAUGGCAUUGAACUUAAAUUAGUGGAGAUGUUUGCACAGCAGCGGGCAAUCCUUUACCCGUCGCAAGAGCAUGAGGUGCUCCAGCCUAUGUUUCCACGGACCCGGAAGCGCAUGAUGUUGGUGAAGUACAGUCGGCCACUCCAUGGCCAUUCUUUUUGGUGGAGCAUGCAUGCUUUUUCGCAGGCUGCCGAUUUUCAGACGACGACGUCGUCUUGCAAGAAGUCCUGGUGCAAAAUGUGCAGAGACAUUCUCCAUUCAGGCAAGGCCAAUCACCCUCAAGAUUUUUUGUGGCCAAUCCGCUCUGAACGUGCAGACAAGGAGCACCCAAUGCACGAGGUGUUUGGCAGCACAACAGCCACUCUACUGGUGGCUUUGACAGCCUGCGUGUCGGCCAAGCAGAACAGACCAGUAGCCAUUCAGUGGCUACGCAACCUGCUGGCCAAUUAUGCCUCAGAUGGCCAUUUCCAUCUGAACACUGGCCACUUGAGAGAUGACGAGUCUGGGCGUUCUGGUGAUUCCAGUGAAGCAGAGAACUUUUGUGUGGAGCUUGUCCAAGGGAAAAUUUGCUUGUCGGAAUUUGCAAAGGCCAGUCGAUGCAAACGGAAAAACGGCCGUGGGCUGAGCUUGCGAAAAGAGCAGGAUCUUCUGACAUUGCUCAUGGCCAUUCGGCUGCGUUCUGGUUGGCAAUUCCUGCUUGGGCAACUUUUGCAACAAGUGGCUGUCAUGGUGGAGGCCAAUCUGCAUUUUGAAAGUUUCCAGGAAGGCCAAGCUGAGUUUGCUGAGGGGUUCCACCGUGACCCAGGACAGCGAAUUCGGAAUGUUCGCAUUGCACAGGAGCGUGCUUUUGCCAGAAGAAGCAAGAAGAAAAGGGAGACCCAGGAGGCCACUCCCCACACCAAGCUGUCUCAGUUGGCAAAGGCCACAGCAAAGGCUCAGCAAGUCCGUGCCAAAAUGCUGCUGACCAGAAAGGAUAGAACACAAGAGCGCAAGCUCUAUUUCAAGAGCAUUCAGGACAUUUUCCGUGGGGCCAAUCAGAUUGCCAUGGCUUUCGAUGCUUCCCGAGUGGGAGGUAGAAAGCUCACAUCCUAUGGGCUCAUGGAAUUGAGGAGUGGCCUCUGUGCUUGGGGUCCAUCUCAGGCUGACGAGGCGGCCAAUCUGGACAAGGCCUGCUUGGCUUUGCUGAGUACAGAGAAGGAACGGGAGAACCAGGACACAGAGAAGGCUUUGCGGAGCAAGAAAGUGGCAGCAGACCGCAUGAGCACAUAUGAUUUGGUGCUGGCCACUGAUCAUGUGCUCAGGCUUUGCCACGGCCAAUCUGGGAUCAUGGCAUUUGCCCCACAAGAGGGGGACGAGAAUCUGCCUCUUGUGCAGAAGGCCACUCUCGUCACCGUCACUGACAACGGUACAGAUUCUGUGGCCACUCGAUUCUUCAUGACCUAUCACUUGCAGUUGCGCCUUUUGGGUCUUUACGACCCACGCCACCGGCUACACAGAAUUCUGCAAAAUGCCAUUAGUCACUCUGGUUUCUCCAGUGCGUACAGUUUUGCCAAAAUUCUUUUGUCCUGGAUGCGAGGCCCUUGGCUGAACCGUAAAUGGUACAGGAUAGUCCAGGAGGAGACAGCUGAACUUCUGGACAUGGUGAGGACUCAGGGCCAGGCCUCUUCUUCAAAUGAUGGCCACCCAGCAGGCCACUCUGACGGGCGUGCCCUCUUUCGAAUCAUGUUGGAGCGCUGUGCUCACGAAAGAGGCAUUGCAGAGCAUGAGGCCACUGAGGAUGACUGCAUUCGCUGGCUGCAGGAAUGCAAAUUCCACAAGCAGCAUCUCUCCAGUGGCAAUCCCAGCCGGUGGGAUGAGUUCCAUGCUGGGUGGAAAAUCCUCAGGAAGGAAAUGGCCACUCUAACCAUUGUGCUGCUGUCCUAUGGGAUAAAGACCAAUCUUCUAAGCCAAGACAAAUUGGACAUUGUCAAGGCCACUCAGCAGCUUCAGGCGACUGCUGAAAGGGCUGGCCUAACCACACUGGCAGCUGGCCAGCGCGAGAGGCGGGCUAUGUACAGCAAGUGCAAGAACAAACUUGUGGCUGUAACAUACCUGGCUCUGGACUAUGAUUUGGUGACGAAUAUUAACACCUGGUUCUCUGUAUCACUGCCUAUCAGCCGCUCUGGAACAUGGGAAUACUGGCAGAAUCAGGCCAAUGGCCACUUCAAAGAAGUUCUUGCCAAAAUCAUGGGUUCUUGCCUUGAUGCAGACAGCCAGAGGUCAAUUGGCUUGAUUGGCCAGGCUGAAGCUGGCAAUUCUCUUUUCUAUUUUCAGCUUCAACCUGAUGACGGCAUGGUCCAUCACCAGGACACUCUGUAUGAGCGGCUUGUUCACUAUGCCGUGACGCUCUCGCGCUUUCUCUGCAUGUACGAGAUCCCUGUCUCAGUUUAA